CUGCAGUUUCUAUUCAAAAGAGAAAUAAUCAUACUUAACUCUCAUAUUAGAAAUCCUGACUUAUUUGAAAUACGUUAUCGAACAUUACAUCUAAAAUGAGAGCCACUAAAACAUGAAUAUUUAUAAAACAUGACGGCGUGUGCUAGAAAGUGUAAAUUCAAACUAUAUCGAAUGCAUAUUUUUAAAAUCUGAUUACAGCAGUUCACACGAAAGUAUAAACUUAAAAUUGAAAUUCUUAAUACAAAACAACUCAAAGGAACAUUGUGGAAAAAAAACGAACUAUUAUUCAUCGGAAAAGUGCAGAUAUACCUGGUGAUAUUUUGUUCUUUAUGAGCAGGCACUGAUGCACUCACAUUCUUCUUCGUUCGGCGCUACAGUGUUCAAAAUGUCACGGAACGAGGCAGAUGAUACAGCAAAGGACUGUUCGGUCCAGAUGAAGUUCUACAACAGCAACUUAGGCAUCACAUUAGCCGUUCCAGAGUGGGAAGCUGCUACCACAGCGAUUAUCCUAACCCUGAUAAUAAUUGUGACAUUGGUAGGAAACGUCCUUGUCAUUCUUAGCGUGUUCAGGCACAAACCACUACGAAACGCACAGAACUUCUUCCUAGUAUCACUUGCAGUUGCAGAUCUAACAGUCGCAGUAUUUGUCCUACCGUUCAGUGUAAUUUAUCAGAUUCUAGGACGCUGGGAAUUCGGCAUACACGUUUGUAAAAUGUGGCUAACUUGUGAUGUACUUUGUUGCACAGCUUCUAUAUUACAUUUGUGUGCCAUCGCAUUGGACAGGUAUUGGGCAAUAACCGAUCCGUUGAACUACUCACAGAAACGAACGGUCAAACGCGUUCUCAUCAUGAUUGGAGGGGUAUGGACGCUCUCUGCUUUGAUCAGCUCACCUCCUGUCAUUGGGUGGAACGACUGGGAGACAGUGCUGAGGAAUGGUACUGUGUGCGAGCUCACCGUUGAACAGGGAUAUGUCGUGUACUCGUCACUAGGUUCGUUCUUCAUACCCCUCUUUGUUAUGACUGUUGUUUAUGUUGAAAUAUUUGUAGCAGCAAAGAGGAGACUGAGACAAAGAGCGCGUGCAUCAAGAUUGAAUGAUGUUAAAUGGAAUCGGCACCAAAAUGUGCCACGUGAUCAAGAUUCCGCUAGCAGUGAUACAAACCAAAAUGUUAAUUGCCCAAGUCCUACAUAUGAAGACAUCAGUGUUAGAAAAUCGAAGAAAAAUACAUCAAAGAAUGAGAGGAACUUUACAGGUGGAUCUUUUAAAGAGAAAAAUCUAAAGAAACAUCCUCUUAUGACAGAAGAUUCUGUUAUAAACAACGAUGAAACUAUUCCGUUAGGGUCUCCGUGUCCGAAAAAUUUGAAUAUUUCUGGCGAAGAAUCUCCCAAUCUGCCAUCCUGCAGGACAACAACCACAACCCUGGGAUCACCUGAAUCCACGCCUGCAACGCCCACUGUUGUGACCGGCACAGACGGCGUCCCGUUGUCUACUACCAGGAAAUUCGCUCCGAUGAACAUAUUCACCCACGUGAAACAACGGAUAUCAUUGUCUAAAGAAAGGCGUGCAGCGAGGACUCUGGGGAUUAUCAUGGGCGUGUUCGUGGUGUGCUGGCUGCCAUUUUCCCUCAUGUACGUCAUUGUGCCAUUUUGUGUUUCCUGUUGCCCGUCUGACAAGUUGAAACACUUCAUGACAUGGCUAGGUUACGUAAACUCUGCUCUGAACCCUCUCAUAUACACUAUAUUCAAUAUGGAUUUUAGAAGAGCAUUCAAGAAACUUCUUCAUAUAAAAUAAUAACAAAGCAACACAAGUAAAGAUUUCGAUCGUCUGCAGUAACCUAAAACUUCCAGCAGCAUUAUGAGUGUCUGUCUCGGGUUCUGACGGAAAUUAGUCCUUCAUAACUGUGUUCAGCAAGAUGUGUCGCCUCCGGCGACGAAUUAACACCAUGUUAGGCUAACUGUAUUCUUCUACUACCAUCGCAAAUGACAAUGACAAAUUAAUGUGAUUAUUUUGCAGUAUUUCAUGUCGGUUUACUUAGGAAAUUUCAAAGAUGAAAGAUUUCUUCCUGUCAUGAUUACAGUUUUAAGAAAAAACCUCAUAAGCUAUGCACACUAAGUCGGAGAAAUCGAUUUAUAAACGUGUCUCUAUAUAAUUUUGUCAUUUAAAUUAGUUUUACAAUAUAUUUGUCCUCUCAGACGUAGAUCUUUCAAUUUUUCCAACAUUCAUUAUUCAUUUUCAGAUCGUUAAAACGAGAGGGGAUAUAAGCAGUCUGACGUAUGAACUAUUUUAGUCAUAUGGAAAGUCAGUGUGGAAGAGUUUAUUUAAUAUGAUCACGUGUCUGAUUUGUAGGUCUAAAUUCUUUAAGUUGCUGUUAUAAAGUGUCAGAAUGGUCUGCUUAGUAAUGCUUAUGAAAUUAUUAAUAAAUUAAAACUAUGACAGUUCAAUACCACCAACACA